AUGCCUUCAUCUCCAAAGACGCCGAGGCAUAGCAGACACCCGUCGAACAUCGAUCUCUCCUUUGCUUCGCCGCAAUCAUAUAACGAAAGCCCUCGCAGACACUCCAAAACUUCUAUACAUACUCCUACGACGCCUAACCGGAACAGUCUGCAACGCUCGGAUUCUAUCGGAAUAGAUGUGUUUAGCAGUGGGGGGCCGGCGCCGCCUUCAAAUGGACUUGGGAAUCUGGCAGAUGAGCUGGCGGAUGCUUGGGGUGACGAAGAGGGGAGCGGAGAGGAGGAUGAGUACGGGGAGCCGGAGAUGAAUUUUCAGGAGGUGAAAGAGGAGGGAGAUGGUGGGCAGACAAGAGAUAGCGGGGUGGAUGUGUCGAGCUCGCCUGUGGAGGGGUCGCUGAAGCCCUCCGGAUUAUUCCCUCCUGGCGGUGGUCGAGGACAUAGGAGACAAACGAGCGAGUACGAUGGGAGUGAUUAUGGAGGCGAUUCAGAUCUUGAGUCGGCUGGUAUGCCUGUUGGGCUCGUGUCGAGGAUGGAUAUGGUUGAGAGUUUGGCUCGGAGGGGCAUGGAGAAUAAUGGCACUGAUAGGGAUGGCGUUGUGAAGAGGGUGAUCGAAGGGCUGAAGGAUUUGGGAAGCCAGUCUGGUGUCGAGGGUGGAGCUACAAGACUCAUAACUGCACACUCAGCGCUCUCAACACACUUGAUGCAUCAAUCCCGGCUCCUGCAAUCCCUCGCAUACGCCGUGCUUUCUCCUGUAGUAGCACCACCCGAUGAAGACUUCAUUGACGACCUAAUGCCCCUUCUCGUCACCAUUGGCGAAUCUAUGCCUCGGCCCACAGCGGCAGCAUUCAACUCCCUAACACAGCUCCAUACCCUCACCGCCGACCUAGUCCAAACACUGAACUACCUAUCUGACACCCUUCACAUGUCAAGACAGACAACAACCACUGCUACACGACGAUUACGAAGUGCACGAGAACUAGUAGCUGAGAUGAGGAAAGAAGAAGAUGCCAGAGAAGAAGGAGAAAGAUGGCUAAAGAGACAUAAUUGGUCAGAAAGACUGGGCAACCGAGAAUGUGCUGGCGUAUGUGGGGACGUUGUAGGAGGCUUCGAGGAGGUAUGUAAUGAUUGGAGAGCGAGACUGGUUGCCCAAGCGGAGGCUGUCUCUUGA